AGCCGUUCUGGCCCCGGGCUCGAGCAGCCGCGGACCGCAGCCCGAGGCCCGGCGCGCCCAGCAGGGCGUGGGCCGCAGCCGCCGCGGGCGCCUCCACGGCCGAGCGGCGCCAUGGUCAGGACGGAGUCCAGCAGCCCCAUCCAGGGCUCCCUCGCGGUGGCCGUCCCGGCGGGCGUCACCGCCGUCGUGGUGGGCGCCUAUGCCCUCAGGAAGUGGCUGAAGAAUCGAAAUGCGCCUCCGACGUUCACGACGCGCCUGCCUGUCCUUGGAGGCCUGGUGCAGUUCCUGAAGGACCCCCUGGAGCUCAUCAGGCUGGGGUACAAGAAGCACGGCGAGAUCUUCAAGGUUAACAUGCUCGCCAAGGAGUUCGUGUUCCUCGUCGGGGAGCAGGGGCAGGAGUUCUUCUUCACGAGCGACAAGUACCUCGACCAGGCCAAGAUGUACUCCUUCAUGAUCCCGAUCUUCGGGCCCAAGGUGCUCUACGACGCGGACUACCACACCCGCAUGGCCCAGCUCAGAUUUAUCCGCGAGCGGUUGACGGAGAGUUGCCUUGCGGGCUAUUGCGGCACGCUGGACGACGAGGUGUCGCAGUUUUUCGACGAGGAGUGGGGCGUUGCGGGCACCAUCGACGUCAGGGACUCCAUGACGGAGCUGAUGACCCGGACCGCGGUCCGCUGCCUCAUGGGCACGGAGAUGCGGGAGAUGUUGCAUUCGAACCACCACGGAGGCCACUCCGUGAGCCACCUCUUGCACACGCUCGAGCAGGGCAUGCUGCCGCUCUCGGUCUUUAUGCCGCACUUCCCCUGCACGAGGCACUGGAACAGGGACGCCGCGCGGCGGGAGAUGUCCGCCUUUGUUCUGCCGAUCCUCAAGGGGCGACGGGCGAAGCUGGCGAGCGGCGCUGUGGACACGGAGUCGGACUUCCUGUGGAGCGUGAUGACCUCCACCUAUCCCGACGGUCGUCCCAUCUCGGACGAGGAAAUCGUCGGUUUCUUGAUCGCCGCCUUCUUCGGGGGGAUGCACAACAGCUCCAUCACGACAGCCUGGACCGCGCUGGAGGUCAUGUCGCGGCCCGCCCUCGCGCGCGAGCUGCGGGAGGAGCAGAGGGAGUGCCUCGAGGGUGGCAAGUUCACGUAUUCGGCCUACAAGAAGAUGAAGAAGCUGAAGAGCGUGAUGAUGGAGGUGCUGAGGAUGCACCCGCCGCUCAUGCUGCUGAUGAGGACGGUCGAGGCCGACAUCAAGUUCAAGGGGAAGAGCAUUCCCCGGGGCUCCGUGGUCGCCGUGUCGCCGAACGUCGGCAACAUGCUCGAGGAGAUCUACCCCCAGGCGGAGGAGUUCAAGCCCUGGCGCUUCCUCCGGACGAGCGGGGGCCAGCACGAGAUCAGCCCGCCCCGGGAGUACCAGUUCAUCCCUUUUGGCGGAGGCCGGCGGCUAUGCAAGGGGCAGGAGUUCGGCUACCUCCAGGUCGCAUGCGCCAUCUCGCACAUGCUGCAGCGGUACGAG